AUGUCGAAAAGACGAGGUUUAGACGAGCCUAAUAUGAGCGACACCGGGUUGCUGGUGACGGUUGAAGAUCUCAUAAAUCAGGCUAUGGGACCACCCAGUGUGAAUAUGAUAAAUUUUAAAGUCAUGCAAGCCGUAUUACACAUUUUGGCCCGCCAACAACGUUUAUUAGAGCAAAGAGUAGAGAUCAAAAUAGCUGAAGUAUCUCCACCACGACACAAGCUAAAGAAACAUAGUGAAGUUAUUGAGGAUUCUUCUGAAAGUUCAUCAUCCCCAAGUCCAAAACGUAGUGGUUUUAAGGAAGAACGUGAGCCUCGAAAGCGAGAACGUGGUCAAAGAGAAAUGGAAAGGGCGGAAAAGUUGGCCCAAAGAGCGCGAGAAAAGGAAGAAAGAGCUGCAUCUAGGGAAAGGGAUAAGGCUCAAAGAGCCACUUCGAAAGAAAGAGAGAAGGCAGAAAAAGCCGCUUUGAAGGAAAGAGAAAAGGCAGAAAAAACCGCGUACAAAGAAAGAGAAAGGGAAGAAAAGGCUUCAUCGAAAGAAAGAGAAAGGGCAGCAAAAGCCCAGUUAAAGGCAGAAAGGGAGGCCUCCAAAGAAAAAGACAAGGAAGAACGAGCCGCUUCAAAAGAGCGAGAAAAGGCAGAAAAGGCCAUGUCAAAGGCAGAAAGAGCUGCCUCUAAAGAACGAGAAAAAGAAGUAAGAACUGCUUCAAAGGAAAGGGAAAGGGCAGAAAAGGCACAGUCAAAAGCGGAAAGAGCUGCCUCUAAAGAACGAGAAAAGGAAGAAAGAACUGCUUCAAAGGAAAGGGAAAGGGCUGAAAAGGCACAGUCAAAAGCAGAAAGAGCUGCCUCUAAAGAACGAGAAAAAGAAGAAAGAACUGCGUCUAAAGAAAGAGAAAAAGCCGAAAAAGAACAAUCAAAAGCAGAGCGAGCCGCUUCUAAAGAAAGAGAAAAAGAAGAAAGAGCAGCUUCGAAGGAGAGAGAAAAGGAAGAAAGAACCGCCUCCAAAGAGAGAGAAAAGGCAAUUAAAGAGCAAUCAAAGGCAGAAAGAGCUGCUUCUAAAGAAAGAGAGAAGGAAGAAAAACUUGCUUUAAAGGAAAAAGAAAAAGCUGAUAAAGAACAGUCUAAAUCAGAAAGACAAGCGCAGAGAGAUCUAGAAAAGAAUGAGAAACAGGCUCUAAAAGAGCAAGAUAAAGCAGAAAGGGAACAAAAAAAAGCUGAAAAGUUAUCACGAAAGGAACAGGAAAAGGCUGAAAGAGCAGCACAAAAAGAAAAAGAAAGAAUGGAAAACGAAGAAAAUAAGUCUGCCAAAAAGGGUAGAAAGCCUUCCGAUUCUGGCAUCUCUAUUAAAGAAGUCAAACGAGGAAAGGACAGUGUUCUAGUCGUUGAAAAAGGCCCUACGACUUGGUCUGAUGCUCAGGGUCGUGGCAGUAUUGAAGUGGUGACUCAGUCACAAUUUGCCCUACUGGAGGCGGCAGUGAGAGAUUUGAGAGACAUGGCAGCACCCCAGCCAUUGGCCAUGCCGGACAAUGAGAAGCUUAGAAGUGAUCUGGCGAAGGGACAGGCAACUUUACCUGAUACUAUGCAGGCGAUGCAGAUCGAUGCCCGUGUCAAGGCAGCGGAGAGUGCUAUUGCUCGUAUGACCGGUCUGCUUACACAAUUGGCUGCUGCUGGAGAACUGCCGGAAGACCUGGGGCAGCAAAUGGAGGAGAUACAGAUGGAGCGAGCAGCUGAUAUGCGGGCUGAGGAUCUGAAAGCACGUCCAUCACUGGCCCGUAAGUCGGUCAUAAUAGCUCCCUCGGCGAAGAUAUCAGAGGGCAGCACGCGGGGUGCCAUGCUCCCCCGCCCCAGUACUGCGCCAGCGCCACGUCCUUCCGUUUCCAUCAUGAAGCAGCCCUCAUCAAGAAUAUCCACUACCACUUUAGACCAAGGAGUAAGUCGGGAUGAAAUGGAUGACGCUGUGAAUCGUUUGCGCGAAGACCUCAUAAAAGCAAUGAACUUGAUGACAUCCCGCGCUGGUGCAACUGCUGACAACGCUUUACACACGGCUAAAUCUGCUUCCGAUAAGGUGGACGUGGCGACGACUCUGGACGCCCGUAUCUCAACUUUGCACUCGCUGGCCGUCGACUACGCAGACCAGCUCAAUGGCUUCGACGCAGGCCUCUCCACUCAGAUGCAAAGUUUCCGUGAGCAAAUGGUACAGAUGCGAGGCGACUUGCAAGGAGGUCUGACGCUGUUGGAGACGGUCAAUAAUAAUGCAGAAACGGCAGCGGUUGUGGAGCUUACGAGCCGGUAUCAAGAGCUGGUGACCGAGCUGGAGUCAACAUUACACUCUCAUCGGGCACUCACCAAGUUGCAGACGCAGCUGGCUGAUGAACUCAGGAGCCUAGUCGAGUGUGUAGAGUUACUGCGUGAUCAGAAAGCUGACAAAGAUGAAGUUGCCGAUGGGCUAAGAGAUAAAGCUGACACAUCUCGUCUCGCCGGUCUUCUUACCGAGACAGAGUUCGCUUUGGCCCGCGCCGACUUAGAACGAAGGCUGGCCGUAUGCCAUGACAAGUUCCAGAGGCAGGAUAAUGUCUGGAUGACAGCAGUGAAGGACUUAAAUAAGAUCUUGGAUGGCAAAUCGGAGAUCCUCGACCUACUGUCGUGUCGUGAUGAAGUACAAAAGCAAUUGCAGCUGCUGCAUGAGCGUCUGCAGGUUUUGGCCGCUGUACUUGGAGAACCAAAGGCAGCUGCAGUGAAGCGUCAGUUGGCAGUGGGGGCUUCCUGCGCGGCGUGUGGGACAGCGGCGCUCAUGUCUCCUCGAGAUGCCACCCGUGGUGCUCCGCCCCGCUUGCCCGCUCUACGCCCGCCGCCUGCUGAAGCGCCCUCUAAGGAGCCUUGCUUAAAGGACUGGAUGCCCCCCGACCUGCCCGAUGAUAGGCAUGUUUGCCGCCGAUGGUGUGGUGGAUCCCACACUAUGGUGACGGAGAGUACGCGGCGCGAACAGGCCACUGCUGUGGUGACAGAGGGCGCGCCUACUAAACGAUACACUGGCUACGGAGCUGAUGGACGGCUUUAUAAGAUGGAGGAAGAACUGCAGCCGUGUGUGGAGUGCAACCAGAUAGCGGAAGAGAAAACCGAGGUCCCGCCGCUUGACAUUGGCGCCGGGGAUCAAAAUCCCCAACAAGAAAUGGUGGUAAAUAUUCAUCUAACUGGAUUGGAAUAA